AUGACGGCCUCUGUGCCUAUUCCCGGGUCCACCCUGUCCCCGCUUCCCGUCCGGGUGACGAUCCCGCAAGGACCCGUUCAGCCCUCCCCCAUCCUGUACCUGUUCAACGGAUUCAGGAUGACCUCCAGCUACUACAAGGCCUACGCCCAGAGGGCAGCUUCCUGGGGUUAUCUCGUCGUGCAGUACGACACACCCUUUUUCUCCCUCCCCACCGUCGUCCAGGAGAUGGACGUCCACCCAGCGCUACAUGCCUGGGUCGAGGCACAGGGCAAGGCCGCCACUGGCUUGCUGAGCGGCCGGGUGGCGGCGGGGACCUGCGCCACAGCGGGGCACAGCCGCGGUGGCAAGCUGGCGACGCUCCUCUACCUCCAGCACCGUGCCUACAUCAAGGCCUGCUUCCUGAUCGAUCCCGUGGACGGCUCCAGCCAGUCGCCCGCCUCGGAUCCCAGCGCCGCGGCCGCGCUGGCGGCGGCCGGCGCGGCGGUGGGCAUGAGCUCCGCGGGGAGGAUCGGGUCCUGCAACCCACGCGCCUCGGGGUCGCUCGCCUUCUGGGCGGCCACCGGGCCCGGCAGCUGGAACAGUGUGCUGCCCAACGCCAACCACGCCUGCUUCGCCCAGGCAGGCUGGCUCCUGAACCACGCCUUUGACCUCCUGUGCGGCAGGAGUGGGGUGGGGCGGGAAGCUGCCCAGCAGCUGGCCACGGUCCCCAUGCUGACCUGGCUCUGGGACAGCCUCAGCCAGGGGGCCGGAGCGGCAGUCAUCCUGCCUCCGACGACAGAGUCUCCCGACCCAGGCUUCAAGGAGUGGUACGCUGCUCAGGUGGAAUCUGGCUCCAAAGUACGCCUGGAUGUGACCGUCGUGUCCGCGGCCGGACUGCCGGGCCCCACGUCCUGUCGGGUGGUGUGGGCUCGGCAGAGCAAGGUGCAGGUCACGCGACAGGCUAGUGUCGGGGAGACAGGCACCGCGAGCUGGAAUGAGGAGCUCAGCCAGAUCGCGACCAUGGAGCGGGACGCCAAGGGCGCUUACCUCCCCAAGGAGUACGUGCUGAAGCUGCAGUGCCCCGACCGCAGCGCCGCCGGCAAGUUCUCCACCGUCGGCAAGCUGACCUUCGACAUGGCCUCCUGUGUUGGCACCGGCUCCGGCAAGGCCGCGCGCAAGGACCUGCGCAUCCCGCUCAGCGGCCGCGCGGCCGCGCGGCCCGUGGCCGUGCUCACGCUGCUCGUCUCCGCCACCCUGGUCCAGGGCAUGGACGGCGAGGAGAUGGAGGAGGAGGAGGAGGAGGACGACGAGGACCUGGCGUCCGACACCUCCUCCGUCCAUGGCACCACCCCUGCUGACGCCCGUGCUGCGGGCGCGGGCAGGGGCGCCCGGGACGGGAGCGUGGCGGCGCGGAGUGGAUCGGGUCUCGAGGCGGGCGGGGACCCCUCCAGCCCCGUCAAGCGCCCGGGCAGCCCCCUGAAGGCGCGGAUGGAGGACCUGAAGAACAGCGUCGCCGCGGCCGCCGCGGCCUCGCGCUGUGAGGCCGACAGGGCCGGCGCUGGGGUAGAAUGCGCCGCUGCGGGGUUCGGCGGCCUUGCGCUGGGUGCAGAGGCGCGGCCAAGCACCGGCGUGGGAGACCCGCCGGGCGAGUCUGGAGGGGCCAGUGCAGGCGGUCCGGGGCCCGGGCCUCAAGCGCCGUGCGCCCACCAUGCCGCCAGCGGGGUGGGCCCCGACCCCUCGGAGGCCAUCAUCUCGGAGCUGCGGCUCCGGCUGCAGGCGGCGGAGGCCCGCGCCUCGGCGGCGGAGGCCGCGGCGGCCGCGGCGGCGGCGCGCCCAGGCGCCGAGGCGGCCGCCCAGGCAGCGCGGUACGAGGCUCGCAUCUCCCAACUGCUGGCGCUGGUGGAGUCGCGCGCGCAGGGCGGCGGCGAGCUGGAGGAGCGGCUGCUGGCCGCCGAGGCGGAGGCCGCGGGCGUGGACGCCGACGCGUACGACGCGCUGGCCCUGGAGCUGCAGUACGCGCAGACCGAGGCCGCGCGCCUGCGCGGGGAGAGCCUGGCGCUGGAGACCAUGAACUCGGAGCUGACCGCGCUGUCGGCAGCCAUGGCGGGCUUGACCGCGGAGCGCGACGGGCUGGAGAGCCGGCUGCGCGACGUGGAGACCCAGUUCGCCGCGCAGCAGGCCGUGCUCGCCCUGGCCCAGGACCUGGCCUCGGCGGUGACGGGGCUGGCCGAGGCGCAGGCGGAGCGCGGCGAGCUGGCCACCCGCCUGUCGGAGCUGCGGGCGCAGGUCACCGCGCUGCGCACCGGCAAUGAGGGCGAGCUGCGCGGGCGGCUGGAGGCGCUGGAGCGAGACCUGCUGGCGGCGCGCAACCGCGCGGACGUCAACGCGCUGUUCCGCGAGGAGCACGACCGCCUGGCGGGGGACCUGGUGCAGACCAAGCUGGUGUGGGCCGAGGGCCAGGAGGCGCUGGUCAAGCUGCGCCGCCAGCUGGUGAAGUCCCAGGAGAAGUCCAUGUCCUUUGCCAGCAAGCUCACGCGCCUGGAGACGCGGCUGUACGCGCGCGUGAAGAGCACCAUGAAGGACAUACGCCACCGCGCCUCGUGA